CGCAGAGCUGCAAAGGGAACUGUGAGAAAUAAUUCCGUUUUCCCGCUGCCCGAUUCCUCCCGGGCCAACCCCGAGCGCUCGAGGGCUGUGCUUCCUAGCCCAGGGGCGCAGACUUGACCAACCCCUUGGGUCUUGCCUUAGCACGCCAGAGGCGGAGUGAAGAGAAGUGGAACUCAAGCUUCAACCCCACGGACGCGCUCUCCCAGCUCCAGCAGGCUCCGCUCCCGGCUUUCCCGCCCGACAACGCACAGCGCUCGGCCUCCUUACAGCAUGACGCUCUGGGAUGGCGAGCUGCCUUUCUACCCCCAGCCCCGGCACCCCGCUGGCUUCAGCGUCCCGCUGCUCAUUGUCAUUCUGGUGUUCCUGACCUUGGCUGCCAGCUUCUUGCUCAUCUUGCCCGGGAUUCGUGGCCAUUCGCGCUGGUUCUGGUUGGUGAGAGUUCUCCUCAGUCUGUUCAUCGGCGCAGAAAUCGUGGCGGUGCACUUCAGUGCGGAAUGGUCAGUGGGUAGCGCGAGCACCAACACCUCCUACAAGGCCUUCAGCGCAGCCCGCGUCCGAGCCCAUGUGGGUCUGCACGUGGGCCUGGAGGGAAUAAACAUUACACUCACAGGGACCCCGGUGCAGCAGCUGAACGAGACUAUCGACUACAACGAGCAGUUCACCUGGCGUCUGGGCGAGGACUACGCCGAGGAGUACGCGGAGGCGCUGGAGAAGGGACUGCCCGACCCAGUGCUCUACUUGGCGGAGAAGUUCACCCCGAGCAGCCCUUGCGGGUUCUACCGCCAGUACCGCCUGGCGGGACACUUCGCUUCAGCCACGCUGUGGGUGGCCUUCUGCCUCUGGCUCCUCUCCAACGCGCUGCUCUCCAUGCCCGUCCCGCUCUACGGAGGCCUGGCGCUCCUGGCCACCGGCGCCUUCGCGAUCUUCGCCGUCUUGUCCUUCGUCUCCAUCGCCAGUGUGCCGUUCUGCCCGCUGCACCUGGGCUCCUCCGCCAUCACCAGUCACUACGGCGCCGCCUUCUGGGUGACGCUGGCCACCGGCAUCCUGUGCCUCCUUCUAGGAGGGGCGGUGGUUGGUCUCCACUACGCUAAGCCCAGCGCUCUUCGCAUCUUCUUGGACGGAAGCGUCAAGAACUGCGGUAACCAGGCGCGAGGGGGCUCGCCUCUCAGCCUCAGCAACCCGUACUACAAGCAGUUCGGGGCCUCGGACGCAACGAUCAGUACUAACCUGUGAAGGGGACUCGACCUUGGACUCCGACUCCGCCUCGGUCCCCGGGCGCAGAAGUUCACCCCGAGCAGCCCUUGCGGGCUCUACUGCCGGUACCGCCUGGCGGGACGCUACCCUGGGGUGCCCCUCCUUACCACAGUGCCCGCCAAACGUGAGCCGGGACUGCUCUGGGAGGGGCGCUGCGCUGCGGGCCGCCAAGGAAAGGUGGGCGGCCUCAGGCAUGCUCCUUGCACCCAAGUCUCCCAAGAUGAACUGCAAAUAAAUUUUUUU